UUCACAGAAUAGAUUUUUCUUCGAUUCUGUCACAAUUUCAUCAUCUCGGGAUUCUGAAGAGGUUUUUCCGUAUUUUGUACAGAUAGAAUUUAUUGUAGCGAGUUUUUUUCAUGAUCCCUGCGGAUUACGGUGACAUAACGUGAGACGGAACGCGUGUCGUGCGUCAAGGAAACAAGCUAGACUGCUACGUAGAGUACGGCGUUUGUGCAUGUUCUGACACGUUUAACUGACUGCAGCGGAGACCCGAUAUCCUCUCUCUUUUUAUCCCGAGUGAUAGCCAAAUCUUUUAGCAGUUUUGAAUAGAAGAUUUUAUUGAUAAUAUAUUCUGUCAGUGUGCGCUGGGGUGUCUGCGGAUCGCGGAGACCGCUGGAGGAAGAAAGAGGUCCUUGGUUGGGUUCGCUGCGCGUCUGCGCUGUGGAUUUGAUAUUAUUUGAUUGAAAAGAGGAAUUAUGGCGACGGCGGGCGCGGGCGACGACAGCUCGGACCGGAACGUAGAGAUGUGGAAGAUCCGGCGGCUGAUCAAGAGUCUGGAGGCGGCGCGCGGCAACGGCACGAGCAUGAUCUCCCUGAUCAUCCCGCCCAAGGACCAGAUCUCGCGCGUGGGCAAAAUGCUGGCCGACGAGUUCGGCACGGCCUCCAACAUCAAGAGCCGCGUCAACCGCUUGUCCGUCCUCGGCGCCAUCACCAGUGUGCAGCAGCGACUCAAGCUCUACAACAAAGUGCCGACGAACGGGUUGGUGAUAUACUGCGGGACGAUCGUGACGGACGAGGGCAAGGAGAAGAAGGUCAACAUUGACUUCGAGCCCUUCAAGGCCAUCAACACCUCGCUCUACCUCUGCGACAACAAAUUCCACACCGAAGCACUCCAGGCGUUGCUGGCGGACGACACGAAAUUCGGGUUCAUCGUGAUGGACGGGAACGGGGCGCUGUUCGGGACGCUGCAGGGCAACACGCGCGACAUCCUCGCGCAGUUCACCGUCGACCUGCCCAAGAAGCACGGGCGCGGCGGGCAGUCGGCGCUGCGGUUCGCGCGGCUGCGCGUGGAGAAGCGGCACAACUACGUGCGCAAGGUGGCCGAGACCGCCGUCACCUGCUUCAUCGCCAACGACCGCGUCAACGUCGCCGGCCUGGUGCUGGCGGGGAGCGCCGACUUCAAGACCGAGCUGGCGCAGUCCGACAUGUUCGACCAGCGACUGCAAGCGAAGAUCGUGAAGACGGUGGACAUUUCGUACGGCGGCGAGCAGGGCUUCAACCAGGCCAUCGAGCUGUCGGCCGACUGCCUGGCCAGCGUCAAGUUCGUCCAGGAGAAGAAGCUCAUCGGGAAGUUCUUCGACGAGGUGUCGCAGGACACGGGUAAGGUGUGCUUCGGCGUGGACGACACGGUCAAGUGUCUGGAGUCGGGCGCGGUGGAGACGCUCAUCUGCUGGGAGAAUCUGGACAUCAUGCGCUACGUCCUGCGCAACACCAACACCGGCGAGAAGAAGAUCGUCUACCUCCGGCCCAACCAGACCCAGGACAAGAGCAACCUCACCGACAAAGACACGGGUACGGAGCUGGAGGAGGAGGAGAAGAUGGCGCUGCUGGAGUGGCUGGCCAACGAGUACAAGAACUUUGGCGCGACGCUGGAGAUCGUCACCGACAAGUCGCCGGAGGGCUCGCAGUUCGUGCGCGGCUUCGGCGGCAUCGGCGGCAUGCUGCGCUACCAGGUGGAGCUGCAGCACUUCGACACCAGCCUCCUCGACGACUACGCCGCCGAGCACGACUUCGAUCUGGACGACUACUAAAUUAAUUAACAAUUUCGACGGAAGCGCUGCAUGGGCUCGGGCCGCCGUACCGUUCUUUUCUUCCCGCGUUCGUUGCGUUAGUGUUUUUCUACAUUUCUUUUUGAAGCUAAUUAUUGAAGGAAUUUUACGCGAGACCGCACAUGUGUCCGUUCAUUGACUGAUUGCAACGACUAACAACAGACUGGAUUUCUGAUGAUUUAUGACAAAUUAUUUAUCGUAGAAUUUAUUUGUAUAUUUUUAUUGUUUAUUUAUCAUUCUCGCGGGUAUUUUAUUUGCUACUAAUCUGGAUGAUUUAUUGUCAGUUGUUUACUUAUUAUUUAACCGCAGUUUUUUUAAAAUUAUUUUAUCUAAACUCUUUUUAAAUUGCCACUUAUUUCUGGAUGAUUGAUUGAUUUCAUUUUGAUGACUGAUUUAUUUUUUUUAUAUAAUUUUCUACAUAUUC